CCUGAAACCUCUGCUGCAGGCACCUCUGUCACCACUCCACCUGUCGUCCAUCCUGCGUGUCUUUCAUCCUGGCUGGAGGCCCCCGUCUGUCCUCUCUGCUGGAGCCUGGACGUCCAAACAGACCUCUAUAAGGCCUGGAUUUACUUCCUUUAAAGCGGAGGCAAAGGGAGGAUUGAAAUUUGUUUUUGUCCUCUAUUUUUUUUUUAGGGCCCUGUGUUCCUGAGUCUGUCUGCGGGAAAACUCAUUUUUGUUUCAGGUGUGAGAUAUGGAGAGCUAAACAUGGGAUCCGUAACGUCAUUCUUUGGCGGGUUGUGCAGGAAAGAGGUGAAGAUAGAGGAGGAGAGACUUUUUCGAGCUAACGACAGACCGUCCAACCUCUCCUACCAAUAUGCUAACAACGCCAUCCGGACCUCCAAAUACAAUGUUUUCACCUUCCUGCCACUCAACCUCUUCGAGCAGUUCCGGAGGCUCGCCAACGCCUACUUCAUGUUCCUCAUGGUCCUGCAGCUGAUCCCACAAAUCUCCUCUCUCUCGUGGUUCACGACUGCCGUCCCUCUGAUUUUAGUGCUGUCUAUAACAGCAGUCAAAGACGCCAGCGAUGACAUAAACAGACACACAAGCGACAAGCAGGUGAACAACCGCAUGGUAAACGUCCUCAUCGAUGGAGAACUAAAAAAAGAAAAAUGGAUGAACGUGCAGGUUGGAGACAUCAUCAAACUGGAGAAUAAUCAGUUUGUCACAGCGGAUCUGAUGUUGCUGUCCAGCAGCGAGCCUCUCAACCUGGUUUACGUAGAAACAGCUGAGUUAGAUGGUGAGACCAAUCUGAAGGUGAAGCAGGCGCUGACUGUAACCGGGGAUUUGGGGGACAGCACUGACCUCCUGGCUCACUUCAAUGGUGAAGUCCGAUGUGAGCCUCCCAACAACCGGCUGGAUAAAUUCAAAGGAACCCUGUCUCUGGACGGACAGACCUACUCUCUGGACAACGACAAGGUGCUGCUCAGAGGAUGCACGCUGAGGAACACCGAGUGGUGCUUCGGUCUGGUCAUCUUUGGAGGUCCAGACACCAAGCUGAUGCAGAACAGUGGAAAGACCACAUUCAAACGCACCAGCAUCGACCACCUGAUGAAUGUCCUGGUGUUGUGUAUCUUUGGCUUCCUGGCAUCCAUGUGUGCCAUUCUGGCCAUCGGCAGUGCAAUCUGGGAGGUAAGGGAGGGCUCUGUGUUUACGGUCUUCCUCCCUCGUGAUCAGGGGGUCGGUGCUGGCCUCACAUCCUUCCUCUCCUUUUGGUCCUACGUCAUCAUCCUCAACACGGUGGUGCCCAUUUCGCUUUAUGUCAGUGUGGAGAUCAUCCGCCUGGGGAACAGCUUCUACAUAGACUGGGACAGGAAAAUGUAUUACCCAAAGAAUGACACCCCUGCCCAUGCGAGGACCACCACCCUGAACGAGGAGCUGGGCCAGAUCAAAUACAUCUUCAGUGACAAGACUGGAACUCUGACGCAGAACAUCAUGGCUUUCAACAAGUGCUCGAUCAACGGGAAAGCCUACGGGGAGCUGUUUGACUUUUCUGGACAAAGAGUGGAAAUAACUGAGAAGACAGAGAGAUUGGACUUCUCCUGGAACCAGCUGGCGGAUCCCAAGUUCAUCUUUCACGACCACAGUCUGCUGGAGACGGUGAAGGAGGGGAACCCAGAGGCUCAGGACUUCUUCCGCCUGCUGGCUCUGUGCCACACAGUGAUGCCCGAGGAGAAGAACGAGGGGGAGCUGUACUACCAGGCUCAGUCUCCUGACGAGGGCGCUCUGGUGACCGCAGCGAGGAACUUCGGCUUUGUGUUCCGCUCACGCACACCGGAGAGCAUCACGGCCAUGGAGAUGGGAAAACAAGUCACAUAUGAACUCCUGGCGGUUCUUGACUUCAACAACGUGCGAAAGAGGAUGUCAGUCAUAGUGCGUAGCCCCGAAGGCAAGUUGACUCUAUACUGCAAAGGAGCAGACACCAUCAUCUAUGAGAGACUACACCCGUCCUGCAACAAGCUGAAGGAGGUCACCACGGGACACCUGAACGAGUAUGCAGGCGACGGUCUCCGGACUCUGGUCCUGGCCUACAAAGAUCUGGAUGAGGAUUACAUGGAUAAGUGGAGAAAGCGCCACCAUGAGGCCAGCACCGCCAUGGACGGCCGAGAGGAGAUGCUCGAUGAACUUUACGAAGAGAUAGAGAAAGACCUGCAGCUGUUGGGAGCCACAGCUGUGGAGGACAAGCUGCAGGACGGCGUGCCGCAGACCAUAGAGCAACUGGCUAAAGCUGACAUCAAAAUCUGGGUGUUGACUGGGGAUAAACAGGAGACGGCGGAGAACAUCGGGUAUUCCUGCAACAUGCUGAGAGAGGAGAUGAAGGAGAUUUUCGUCGUGGCGGCCAAUACGCCUGAAGGAGUCAAAGAGGAGCUGGUGAAUGCAAGAAGGAAAAUGUGUCCAGAAUCGGCGGACGUGCCGUCUGUGAUCUCGUCUCGCGCCGGUCUGUUCUGGCUCCAGAAGAUAGAGAGGGUGGAGGAUGAGAAGGUGGAGGGAGAAUACGGCCUGGUUAUCAACGGACACAGUCUGGCCUUUGCUCUGGAGAACGACCUGCACCUGGAGCUGCUGAGGACGGCCUGUAUGUGUCAGACGGUGAUCUGCUGCAGGGUCACCCCCUUGCAGAAGGCCCAGGUGGUUCAGCUGGUGAAGAAAUACAAGCAGGCCAUCACUCUGGCCAUCGGGGACGGGGCCAACGAUGUCAGCAUGAUCAAGGCCGCUCACAUCGGCGUGGGUAUCAGCGGUCAGGAGGGCAUGCAGGCGGUCCUCUCCAGCGACUACUCCUUCGCUCAGUUCCGUUACCUGCAGCGCCUCCUGCUGGUGCACGGCCGCUGGUCCUACCUGCGCAUGUGCAAGUUCUUACAGUACUUCUUUUACAAGAACUUCACCUUCACCUUCGUUCAUUUCUGGUACGCCUUCUUCUGCGGCUUCUCUGCACAGACAGUGUAUGACGAGUGGUUCAUCACCCUGUAUAACAUGGUGUACACGGCGCUUCCUGUCCUCGGCAUGAGCCUCUUUGACCAGGAUGUGAACGACCGCUGGAGCUCCCAGUACCCUCAGCUCUACACUCCGGGCCAGCUCAACCUGUACUUCAGUAAGAAGAUGUUCGUGCGCUGCAUGCUGCACAGCUGCUACAGCUCCCUCAUCCUCUUCUUCAUCCCGUGGGCCGCCAUGUACGACACAGUGCGAGAUGAUGGCAAAGACGUCGCCGACUAUCAGUCCUUCGCUCUGUUGGCGCAGACCUGCCUGCUGAUCGUGAUGAGCGUGCAGCUUUGUCUCGACACAUUUUACUGGACGGCAGUGAACCAGUUUUUUGUUUGGGGCAGCCUGGCCUCCUACUUCGCCAUCACACUCACCAUGUACAGCAACGGCAUGUUCCUCAUCUUCACCUCCUACUUCCCCUUCAUCGGCACGGCGAGAAACUCUCUGACUCAGCCCAACGUGUGGCUCACCAUCUUCCUGACGUCCCUCCUCUGUAUUCUGCCUGUGGUGGCUUACCGCUUCAUCGUCCUUCAGCUCCGGCCCACCAUCAACGACAAGGUGAGACACAAGCUUCGUAAGGAGGCUCUGCCGGCCCCCGCACCCCGCCGCCCCCCCACCAGGCGUAUCAGCACCCGUCGCUCCGGCUACGCCUUCUCCCACGCUCAGGGCUACGGAGAGCUGGUGACGUCCCGCCGCUUCCUGCUGAGGCUGCCCCUGAAGAGCCGCCCCGCCCUGUUCUCUCAGACCGACUCUCCUCUGGCUCAGAACCAGCCGCAGCACUACCGCACCAUCGCAGAGGGUCAGGAGGAUGCUCAGAGCCCGUAGGCUGGAGGUAGAGCGCUUUGAUUUUGAAAUACAGGGUAAAGCACACCAUCUGAAUAGUUUCCGCGGAACUUUUACACUUGACUUUGAGUUUUUUUGUGAGGUAUGAAUGUUGUUAUCACUGUGAACCUGUGGCUCAAAAGAAGCGAGAGGACCACAAUGCUGCUUCUGCAGGUUUUAGCUAAAUAAGUAUAACACUGUUAAUACAGAAACACUUCAGUCUACAUUAUUCAUGAGCAUUUUUCAAAGCAUACCACUGUGUUUGACACUUACUUUCUUCCUUACAGAUACAUUCAUUUUAUUACAACGACAAUCAAGAAAAUCCAGACGUUGUAUGUUAAAAUGCUUUUCAGCAGGGAUGUUUUCGGAGAAAAAACUGAACAUUCUUCAGAUGCUUCAAAGCACAUUUUAGUUAAACAAGAGAGAGAUUAAAUCUGCAUUAUCUUACAUUUCAGGUUUUUACUCUUUUAAUACACCGUCAACAUGCCUACUCAGGAUUCAUGAAUGUUAAGGAAUUUAUGGGGGAAAAUCUUGUGCUUGAUUAAAAAAUAUUUUGUGCAGCAAUUGAAAUGUAGGCAUACUAGAUAGAUAUUUUUUUAAUACCAACGUUAGCAAAUGGUCUAUGUUCCAGUGUUUGCUUACUGGCCUUCUUAGCACUUUUUUAGCAAAUUGGCCUAGAAUAAAUCCUUGCAUUUGAUGUACAAGUAUAAGGAGGCUUUGGAACAGCUGACUCAAAUUUCAGAAGUCAACACAACAUUUACCGCAAUAACAAGGAGAGUUUUUAAUUUAAAUUGAACCGUGCCUCCUCACAGCCCAGCUGCCUUAGAAGACUGUUCAAUAACUGUAUAUUUGACAGGAAAAAAAAGUUUGCAUUGCCUAUCUCAAGCAUGAUUUCACAAAUGAUAAGACAUACUGUGUAUAGCUACUUAAUGGGCUACAACUUGCACAAUGAGAAUGAGAUUAACUUUGUGUCCUGAUCUGUAGAUGUUUUUGUGUAAAGGUUGCCACUACCUGAUCUGGUGAAACUGGACUCCCACAGUGCCUGCAACAUGAAGAUGCCUUUUAUAACUUUGUAUUUGUUUUCCUUGAAAAGUGAAUUGUCAUGACUCAGGGUGUCAUUCUGAGAAAAGAGUCAUUUCUGUUAAGAUCUAGGAACCUCUGUUGUUUACAUUCUGAUUUACAUUUUUGUUAAACAUUGUUAUAUUUCCCUGCUCUGUGUUAAUAACCUGUCUGCUCAUGUAAUAUGUCUGUCGCCUAUGAAGAGAUUAGGUACCGCAGUAUUCUCAAAGUACAGCCAGGGGUCAGUGUGGACCCUUUAUCAGAAAAAUGAAGGUACAGUGAUGGUUUAAGUGUCAAAAAGGAACAGUGAAAGCACUCGGCACAUAUUUCCUUAUAAAAUCUUUUUUUAAGUCCAG